CUUCUUCGUGAUAAACUGUCAGGUUGUCAUCUGCAUGCUGCACUGCAGAGUAAUUUCUAAAUUUGUCUGAAGUAGAAAAAUUGGUUAUAACAGAAAAUUUAUAAAAUGGAAAUUUCAAGUACAAGUAAUUCUAGCAUGCAUCAAGUGAACUUAACAGAAUUAAAUAUAAAUCAAUUAGGGCAACUGAAACACCAAUUAGAUCAGGAGUUAACACUGUUUCAAGAAUCUGUUCAAACUUUAAAAAUAGCACAAGGAAAAUUUUUAGAUUCUGCAGAAAGUUUAGAUAAAAUUCCAUUAGAAGACUCAAAGGACAAUUUUGUCAUGGUUCCUUUAACUAGUUCCAUGUAUGUUCCAGGAACAAUUUCUGAUAGACAAAAUGUAAUUAUAGACAUUGGCACUGGAUAUUAUGCUCAGAAGAGCAUUCCUAAUGCAAAAGAUUAUUUCAAAAGACGAGCGGCCUUUGUAACUGAGCAAAUGGAAAAAAUACAAGCUAUGGGUUCGGAGAAGACAAAAAUCAGAGAUACUAUAUGCGAUGUUAUUGAGUUAAAGUUAAAUCCUGCUAAAGCAUCAUAAAUGAUCGAUUGUUGU